CCCGUGAGAAAGAUAAAUGCUUAACGGCAAUCUCGCGGUUCGUCAGUUACUCUUCCUCAUUUAUACUCUCUCUUUUCUCUCUCCUCCCCUGUUUCCACACCCUACCACUUUCACAUUUUUUCUUUGAUCUUUCACAAAAAUUAGCCAAAGAUUAGAUUUUACAAAAGAAAAUAAAAAUAUGAAAUGCAAAAUGCAUUAUUAAAUCAAAGUGAUCUUACCCUUAUUAUAAUAUUAUUAUCAUAAGGUAUGUUUUUCAUAAUAUUAUCGAUCGUAGUACUUCCUCUGUUCCCUUGAGUUCUACUCACUUUCUGUUUUCAUUCGCCGAGUUUAUAUAAAGUUCAUCUUUUAAAGAUGGGGAAGAAAGGAGGAGGUUGGUUCUCUUCUGUGAAGAAGGCGUUCAAGUCUAAAGACUCCUCUGAGAAAAAUAAGGUAAAAAGUAACCAAAAGUGGAACAAUGAUGCACUUGAGGUAGUGUCCGUGGAGCAUUUUCCAACUGAAAGCUCACCGGAUUACACCAACGAUGAGAGUGGUCACAGUGGUGCAACGUCACCUUCAAGGGAUGACCGGUCACACGCAGUAGCUGUUGCCGCUGCCACGGCAGCAGCAGCCGAGGCGGCUGUGGCAGCCGCUCAAGCAGCCGCUAAGGUUGUCCGGUUAUCCGCUUAUGGCCGUCAAUCUAGAGAUGAAAGAGCUGCCACUUUGAUACAAUCACAUUAUAGAGGAUAUUUGGCUCGAAGAGCUUUGCGUGCUUUAAAAGGGUUGGUAAGAUUACAAGCAUUAGUAAGGGGCCACAACGUACGGAAGCAAUCUCAAAUGACAAUGAGGUGCAUGCAAGCUCUAGUACGAGUCCAGGCCCGAGUUCGAGCCCGAAGGCUUCAUUUUAACCAUAAUAAUAAUUUCAAAGAUAAUCGCGGUAUUAAUCACGUCACUAAUGACGAUGAUUAUGGUAAAAGAGGCGUUUUUAACGGGACGACGACAUUGCACGAUCAGCUAAUCGCGUCGAUUAAGAGUCCGACGAAGGUUAAUUAUAGUAAUAAUAAUGGUGAUGAUUGGGAUGGAAGACACCAUAGUUAUGAACAAGCUAGGGAGAGUUCUCAAAAGAAGCAAGAUGCUGCCUUAAGGAGAGAGCGAGCUCUUGCUUAUGCUUAUAAUUAUCAGCAACAAAAUCAUCCAAGCUAUCUAAUGCAAUCAAAUCCUCCAAUGAAUGAAGCAAUGUUCUCAGCUUAUGCCAAUGCAAUGGACAAACCCCCGUGGGGAUGGAACUGGCUUGAACGAUGGAUGGCCACCCAACAGCAACAGCAACAACAACAACAACAACAACAACAACAACAACGACAACAACAUCAACCGGAUCAAGCGUCUAAAAUGAAAUCGGGACCAAAUGAGAGUACGUACGUGACAGCAGCCACUAGCACUGAUAAUAUCUCCGAGAGAACUGUUGAGAUGGACACGGUGGACCCGCCUCAUCAUAGGUCAGGAAGAGAGUCAAGGCAAUCUAGUUUCGAUGGAGUUCCGAGCUACAUGGCCCCAACUCAAUCCGCCAAAGCGAAGGUCCGAACCCAAGGCCCAACUAAACAACGAGCCCAAUCUCCAUCCCAUUGGAACCAUCCUUCCCCAUUAGCCAGAAGGUCCCCACUUGGGCCCACUGGUGGAGACUCCUCUAGCUCUGGUGGUGGGUCAGUCCAUUACCAAUAUGCAUGUACUCCAAGCCCAAUUAGUAAUGGGGCUAGGGCCCAAGCUCGAAAGAUUGCAGGUUAUAGCCCAGAUUCUACUGGUAGUAGUGAUCGAAUAUUCAGCAAUGGUUGGAGAUAAAUACAUAAUGUCAUGUCUCAAGUGAUUAUUGUACUUUUCUUGAACUCAAUUGUUAUUGUUGUUACAUAAUUUAUACAAUAAAAUUAAACAAAUUGGAAUAAUGUGAUUAUCACUUUAUUGAGGGUGCGCUAGAAGUUUGUAAAAAGUUUUAAGUGUACGUAGAAUCUUUUACAUUAAAUGAAGGGAAAAAAAAUUCGGAGUA